CCUGUUAGCACCAAAUGCGGAACCCCCCAUGGGGGUGAGCGUUACCCCAGGCGAGCAAUUUGACUCCGAUCUUCGGCAUUCUGGUGUCUUAUUACGAGUCUACGUUCCUAGAAUCCUUGAGGGGCGGUUAAACACUUCUCCUGAUGCUGGCGAUUCUGGAAAGCUCCCAUCUUCAUGACCAGGAUGAUGUUGAAGCUGAAGAUAGCGUGGCCGCCCUUGAUCCAAGAAAUCGGGACCGAAACCCUGGGGAAGCUUUAUCGCUUUGAUUCCCCGGAUGUACCCUGAUUCCAACCCUCUGCUUCCUCCAUACACGACGAUUGAAUAUCUUCUACUCCGACGUUGGCUCUGAUAGUCCGAUUCACCAAGAUGCGAAACCCAUUCGCGCUCAAGGAACGUCCCGGCGAUGAGGCACCGCCCGAGAUCUACGGCUAUAGGCCGUACCUGUUGGCCUUCUCAGCAUCAUGGGCUUCCGCCAUGUACGGAUAUGACAGUGCUUUCAUCGGCGGCACCAUCAACCUUCCCUCCUUCCAGCGCAGGUUCGGCCUCGCAGACGCAGACCCGUCGGCAAAGGCCGAUCUGUCUUCCAACAUUGUCUCAACCUUUCAGGGCGGCGCCUUCUUUGGCUGCGCCAUGGGCUUCUUCUUCGCCGAGCGCUUCGGCAGGAAGCCCAUGCUGAUCCUGUCGGCCGUCAUGUUCGCCUUGGGGGCGGCGCUGCAGAUGGUCGGUCACCUGGGCACCCUCUACGGAGGACGGGUGCUCACGGGCUGGGGGGUCGGGGCAUCGGCCAUGAUCCUGCCCAUCUUUGUGUCCGAGUGCUCGCCCGCCCUCAUCCGCGGACGCCUGGUCGGCACCUUUGAGAUUAUGCUGCAGGUGGCGCUGGUGUUUGGCUUCUGGGUCAACUACGGCGUCAACGAGAACGUCAGUCCGGAUGGCGACACACAGUGGCACAUUCCUGUCGCCGUGCAAUUUGUGCCUGCUGGCCUUCUCAUCAUCUCCAUGCUGCCGAUCCCCGAGUCUCCCAGGUGGCUGGUGUCCAAGGGGAAGCUCCAGCAAGCUCGGAAGAGUCUUGGCUGGAUCCGCCAUCUACCAGAAGAUCACCCCUACUUGGUCCGAGAGCUGACCAUGAUCGAAGCGGCUGUCACGCACGAGGUCGAGUCGACGGGGCAGGCACACGGUGGUUGGACGCAGAUAUUCAAGGAGAUGAUCCAAAAAGGCAUCCGUGGUAGGAUUGUUCUGUGCUGCUUUCUAGUCAUGUUCCAAAACUUCACGGGUAUCAACGCCAUCAACUACUACUCACCCACCAUUUUCCGCUCGAUUGGAUUCACGGGAACGUCCGUUGGUCUCCUUGCGACGGGCAUCUUUGGCAUCGUCAAGAUGGUGGCCACACUGCUGUACGCUUUCCUCCUCGUGGACAAGGUCGGCCGUCAGCCCCUGUUGCUCAUCGGCGGCGCCGGUGCCGGAUUCGCCAUGUUCUACCUGGCCGGCUACUCCAAGAUCUCGGGGUCGUUUGAGGGUACGCCGGCCAUGGACGCCGGAGCCAAGUGUGCCGUGGCCAUGGUGUACAUCUACGCCCUGUUCUACGGGUUCAGCUGGAACGGCAUCCCCUGGCUCUUCACGUCCGAGGUGCUGCCUACGAGGGUCAGGACGCUUGGCGUGGCUUUCUGCAUCUGCUGGCAGUGGCUGACGCAGUUCAUCGUCGUAUACAGUCUGCCUCAUAUGAUUCUUAGCAUCACGUACGGGACGUUCCUAUUCUUCGGCUGUUGCACGGUCCUGGCCAUCAUCUUUGCCUGGCUCUUCGUCCCCGAGACCAAGGGUGUUCAGCUCGAGGACAUGGACCUGCUGUUUGGUACUAAUGUGCCGAUUCUGUCUUGGCAAGCGAGGCGAAACUAUGUCGAUGCGCGGAAUGCUCGAGCGGCGCUGAGCGACCAAGUUGCCGCGAAGAAGGAUGUAGCGGAGGUCGAGGAGGCGUAGCACAAUUAUGGGAGAGCACCGAGCACUAGGCCGCACUAGUUUUACAGAUGGGAAGAGUCUUGGCCCUUGAAUUCCAUACGGCAUAAGUUGUGCGUCAGGGAGGGAGAGAAAAGGUCGGCAAGGCACCAAACAAACAUGAACGCCGCCGACACACGGGAUCUAGUAUUUUAAA